CAUGGAAUUCAGCAGCGAAUCCUGAGCGAGGGGUAGUGGAACAACCAGCACAGCAUUGAACUAUAGUGGUACCCUUAGGUGCUAACGCAAUGGUGCACCCGAGAAUAUAUUUUCCAAUUCAUGUGGCACUUAUUUGUUUGCUAGAAUGGACCCAUAUAUCAGGCUUCAACCUGGAUACCUUGAAUGUCCUGAGGAAAGACGGAGAACCGGGCAGUUUAUUUGGAUUCUCUCUAGCCAUGCACCGGCAACUUAAUCCUUCAGAUAAAACAAUACUGUUGAUUGGAGCACCAAGAGCCAAAGCACUGGCUAACCAGAGAGCCAACAUAACCGGUGGCCUGUACAGUUGUGACAUCACCACCGAAUCCGAUGACUGUGACCGCAUCGAUUUUGACAAUGAAGAGGAUGUGAGAGUUGAGAACAAGGAGAACCAGUGGAUGGGGGUGACAGUUAACAGCCAGGGCCCCGGAGGGAAGAUUGUGACCUGUGCUCACCGCUAUCAGAGACGUCUGUUUGUGGACACUGCUCAGGAGUCCCGUGACAUCACAGGUCGCUGCUACAUCCUGAGUCAGGACCUCACUAUUGAUGCAUCCUCUGAUGAAGAUGGAGGGAACUGGAGGUUCUGUGAGGGGAGAGCCAGAGGCCAUGAGAGGUUUGGCUCCUGUCAGCAGGGUCUGGCUGCCACUUUCACCAAGGACUACCAUUACGUGGUGUUUGGAGCGCCUGGCGCCUACAACUGGAAAGGCAUAGUACGUGUAGAGCAAAAGAACAACACUUUGUUGGAAAGGGGAUUUUAUGAUGAUGGGCCUUAUGAAGUUGGAGAUGAGAACCGCUUGGAUCCUGACCUGGUCCCUGUGCCUGCUAACAGCUACUUAGGGUUUUCCAUUGAUUCUGGGCAUAGCAUCACCAAGGGGCGUGGCCUGACCAUUGUGUCUGGGGCACCGCGAGCCAAUCACUGUGGGGCUGUGGUCCUGUUGAGAAAAGAGAAUGAAGCGUCCGCAAGACUCUCCCCAGAGUACAUUCUAGAAGGGCCUGGACUGGCAUCUUCUUUUGGAUAUGAUGUAGCUGUGGUCGACCUGAAUGGAGAUGGGUGGCAGGAUAUUGUUGUGGGAGCCCCUCAGUUCUUCAUGAAAGAGGGAGACUUUGGAGGAGCUGUUUAUGUCUACAUCAACCAGGCAGGAAAGUGGGACAAGAUCACCCCAAUCCGCCUCAAUGGAACCAAAGACUCAAUGUUUGGGCUGGCAGUGGAGAACAUCGGUGACAUCAAUCAGGACUCCUAUCAAGACAUAGCUGUUGGAGCACCCUACGCUGAUGCCGGGGCAGGAAAAGUGUACAUUUACCAUGGUUCUGCUAAUGGAAUCAACACCAAGCCUGCACAGAUCCUUGAGGGAAUGCCCAACAACAUCAGAUUAUUUGGAUAUUCUCUGGCUGGGAAUAUGGAUUUAGAUAAGAAUUCCUAUCCUGAUAUAGCUAUUGGGUCUCUCUCAGAUACAGUUCUCGUUUACAGGGCAAGGCCAAUUAUUAGCAUUAAGAAGGAUGUCAAAAUUACUCCAAAGGAAAUUGACUUCACAAAGAAAACCUGUGGCAACAGCAUCUGCUUGACCGUGGAGGCAUGUUUCACCUAUAAAGCAAACCCUGUAUCUUACAGCCCAAAACUAACUAUCCGCUAUGCAUUUGAGGCUGAAGCAGAUCGCAGGAAGCAAGGGCUUCCCUCUAGGAUCCUCUUCCUCAACAAGUCUCGCACCGACCAGGACUUCCAAUCGACCGGAACUCUGGACCUACGGGGACAAAAUAAAAGAGCUUGCACUAAGACAAAUAUCAAACUGCAGGAUAACAUUAGGGACAAGCUGCAUGGUAUUCCCAUUGAGGUGUCAUUGGGAAUCCAGGGUACCAAGCGUCAGAAGAGGCAGAACGCUCUCCCCCAGCUUGUGCCUAUUCUUGACAACUCCCAGCCAAGUAAGGUCGUCACUGAGGUGAACUUCUUAAAGGAGGGAUGCGGAAAUGAUAAUAUUUGCCAGAGUAGCUUACAACUGGAGUACAGAUUCUGCUCCAAAGAGCUCAACCAAGAUAUAUUUCCCCCAUUACCUAUGGAGAAUGGGCUACCAGUGAUAUCCCUCAGUGAUCAGAAGGACAUAGCUCUGGAGGUGACAGUGAAAAACAGAAAUGGGGAUGAUGCCCAUGAGGCUAAGCUGGUGGGGAUUUUCCCAAACGCUCUCUCAUACUCCGGUUUCCGCUCUCAGAAAAUGACAAGGGAUAAACCGGUUCUCUGUUUAGCCAAUCAGAAUGGCUCCCAAACAGAGUGUGAACUGGGGAAUCCAUUCAAGAGAGAUUCAGAGGUUACCUUCUACAUAAUCUUGAGCACUGCUGGUAUCUCUCUCAAUACUGCAGAAAUUAAUAUUGACCUUCAGCUUCAAACGACCAGUACACAGGACAACAUGGGAAGAGUGAAAGCAAAGGCUAAAGUAGUGAUUGAGCUGUUACUUUCUGUUGCAGGAGUUGCGAGACCCUCCCAGGUGUAUUUUGGGGGUGAUGUGAAAGGAGAGAGUGCCAUCAAGACAGAAGAGGAGAUCGGCAGUUUGAUUGAUUAUGAAUUUAAGAUAAUCAAUUUGGGUAAGCCGUUGAAGUCCUUUGGCACAGCCUCGUUGAACAUCCAGUGGCCCAAAGAGAAUGUGGAUGGGAAAUGGCUGUUAUAUCUGGUUAAGAUCAGCAGUACUGGCCUGGAAGAGAUCCCCUGCUCCCCAGAGACUGAGAUCAACUCUCUCAAACACAUUCAGGAGUCCAGCACAUCUAGGACAAAGCGGGAAGUUGGAGGCAAAAAAUCUGGAGGCAAAAUUACUUUAUUGGACCAAAAAAAGCACAAGAUUUUGAUGUGUGGCAAUGGCUAUGACGCUAGAUGUGUGGUGAUCAAGUGCCCUCUACAGGGCUUGGACAGUAGUGCAGUGAUUGCGCUGCGAUGCCGUCUGUGGAACGCUACCUUCCUUGAGAAUUAUGCCUCUUUGAACUAUCUUGAUAUAAUUGUGAAAGCUUCCAUCAGCCUUGAUGCUCCUGCAAAGAAUAUGGUUCUCAGGAAUGCUGAGACUCAGGUGAGAGUCACGGUGUUUCCAGAGAAGGCAGUAACCCAGUAUGGUGGCGUUCCAUGGUGGAUCAUCCUUGUGGCUGUCCUGGCUGGUAUUCUGAUGUUGGCAUUGCUAGUGUUUCUACUCUGGAAGUGUGGAUUUUUCAAACGUUCCGAACAUGAUGACAGUGUUCCAAGAUACCAUGCUGUACGGAUAAGGAAAGAGGCUCAUCAGUUCAAAGACCGGAAAGCCAAGCUGGAUUCCUUUGAGAAAAAGCAGUGGAUGACAAGCUGGAAUGAGCAUGUGAACUACUCAUAAGACACUUGACUGUUGGGAUGCUGUCAGAGACCAGAAUCUCCCGUUUUUCUAAACAUCCCAGUGUCACGAACCCAUUGAUCUUAGUUAUUUAUUUUGUACAGUCUAAACUCCAUUGACUGCAUUUGUGAAGCAAACUCCAAAAUAUACUUUUUCUAUUCUCCCGAAGGAUUCUCAGAUCAAAACUGUGUCCUAUCCUGAGGAAAUGAGAAGCAUCACAUCUUACAAUUCAUUUUUUCUGAAUUGGGACUUUUUAAAUAAAUUAUCUGCCACUGAUACUGUUUAUUUUUUUUGAGCAUAAACAGUUUCAAUCCAAUGUUUAGCUGAAGAUAAUAUUUUUUGGGGGGGGUCAGUUUUGUCCAAUCUAUUGUACUGUAUAGACUGGAACAUUUUGUAUGUUUGUAUAUAUUUAAAUACUUUAGCACACUGUAUUUUUAUUUUAGUCAUUAUCUUAAACAAAAUGCAUUGGCCAAAUACUUUUUUUAAAUCUAAAGGUUACUUUUCAGUAAGGGCAAAUGUUACUGAUGAUUUUCUAGUGCUACACAGACUAAAAAGUAGCUACAGGUAUUAAGCAAAUAAUAUUGUUUCAAUACACGCUAUUAGAUAUAAUCAGUUAUGUCAGUUAAGAGUUUGAGUUAAAACUAUGAUUCACACCAUACCUUUGUUUAUCCCCCUGUACUGGGAUAUGCUUCAGUUAAUAGCAAUGCAGCUGGGACAACUGGAGCCAACAAGCAAUAAAAUGCUGAUUAUUGUUUAGCUAAUUGUAUUUGAAGGAUGUGUGGGUCUUGAAGAUGACACAAUAUAUGCACGAAAAUGCAGAUUUCAGAAACAUUUGGAUCUUGUGGAUGAAUAACCUGCAUCAUUGUUUACUUGUAGUUAUGGCCAGGUCCAGGUGAUGGAGUUUGGACACUCCAAAUUGGUUGUUCUCACAUAGGUUCACUGUGAUAAGAGGUGCAACUAAACUAUUAUUGUUAACAUUUAAAUCUAAAUGUAUGUUUUAUGUGAUUGCCUCUGUAUCAGACUUCAUUAUAUGGAAGCUAUUCAAAGGGAUAUUGCUAUGGAAUGGUGAUCAAUGAGAAAAAUUUAGUAGCCCUACCUAAAAAAAGUGGGGGGAAAUCACUGGCUAUUCAUUCAUUCCUCAAUUCAGAUGUUUUGAAUACUGUGCAAAUUGCAAUAA